AUGGAAGCGCAGAUUCAUCUACUUGAGCAGGAAGCCUACUGUGCUGUCUUAAGGGCUUUUAAAGCGCAGUCUGAUGCAAUCUCUUGGGAUAAAGAAACCAUGAUAACAGACCUACGUAGAGAACUGAGGGUAUCUGAUGAUGAACACCGAGAACUGUUGAGCAGUGUCCAUAACGACGACAUCAUCAAAAGGAUAAGGGAUUGGAGACAAGGAGGCGUAAACCAAGUUGCUAGGCAUGGGAAUAAUCAGCCCCACGAUGUUCUUCCUAGUCCUGCUUUAUCAGCGUCUCGGAAGAAACAGAAGACGUUCCAAUCCCAUCCAUCGAUUGGUUCUACUAGAAACCGACAUGUAGUGUCCGGUGCCGUAUCAGCUAAUGAACCUGCUGAAACUGUCAUUGGGAGAAAAGUGUGGACAAAAUGGCCUGAAGACAACAGCUUUUAUGAAGCAGUAGUUACUCAAUACAAUGCAGCUGAUGGUCGCCAUGCGUUGGUAUAUGAUAUAAACACAGCGAAUGAAACAUGGGAAUGGGUGGAUCUUAAAGAGAUUCAACCGGAAGAUAUAAGAUGGGAUGGAGAGGAGAAUGGGGUGACUUUAAAUGUAGGAUAUGGCGGUAGAGGGAGAGGUCCAAUAACUCAAUCAAGAAGGGAACAUUUAGCUGCACAAAACGGUGGUGGGAGGAAGUUUCUUGAUGAGAUUGAGUUGUUCAACACAGAGUCACUUGUGAAGGAGGUGGAGAGAGUUUUUGAUUCUAACCUUCCUGACCCGCAUGAGCUUGAGAAGGCCAAGAAGCUACUCAAGGAACAUGAACAGGCGCUUAUCUCUGCCAUUGCAAGGCUUGCGGAUGCUUCUGAUUUCCAAAGCGAUGGAGAAGAAGCGUAUUUGCAUGAGCUUCCAAUGCAUGAAGGAUGA